GGAGCUGCCAGCCGUCAACCUCAAGCAAAGAAACAUUCAGAAGAACGUGAAUAUUGAUCUGUAUUUGGGCACUAGAAGUCAAGUAGAUGUUUCUCAUCGCUGGCUUGAGGCUGCGGCAUUCAGUGUAACUCCCAGCCAGAAAGCAGAACAAGGCCAGCUGUGUACUGCACCUUUGUCAGCUGGGAAGAGAGAUCCCACUCUGAGACAGACUAAUCUCUCCUGCCCUUCUCAGCCAUUCCGGGACACCACCAGUCAGAUCUCCAGUUCCUGCUUCCUGCAGCAGAAUAAUCUCUGCUCUAGGCUACAGCAGCAGCACAGCUCUAAGUGUGUGGCUGAUAGGAUUCCCCAUCUUGCUUUGCCAGGGCUCCCUGCUGUGAAUCUCCCUCAGAGACACUCACGCCUUGAGGCUUAUAGUUUAGAAGGGAGAAGAAAUGAGAGUAUUGACUUUCCUCAACAACACCAUCAGAAAGCAAAGGCAGCUGGUAGCUGCUCCAUACACACUGCUUGCCAUCACUGUUUAGAAAGUAGGAACAAGAAUAGUGACUAUCCAGUGGAAAAACAACAGCAUCAGCCUCCUGCUGCUUCUUGUAUGGAUCCUGUGAACCCUUUGCUGCUCAAUGCACGUUUGUCAUCUCAUACUGCAGAUUCCCCUCUUAGGCAUGAAUUAGUGGUGUGUCCCUCUUCACAGAGCUGUAGUGAAGGCGUGAAUGCUUGUGGUAGUUCAGCCCUGUCCUUGGGGGAUCUAGAUCCAUCUAGUUUGGAGUCACUUCAGUCACUUUUGCAAUCCUCACAGAUUUCUGCUAGCUUGUACUGUUCAAUCCAGAGGCUUAAGCAAGAAAGUGCUUUGAUGGGGAUAUGGGGCUCCCUCCCUCUGGAGCCCAAGUCUUCUCCAGUCAGUGGCAGUUUGUGCUUUGCUCCUGAUGAUUCGGCUCCUAGUAUCCUGAGCGCAGGAGAACAGCUAGCUGGAGUAAAGACCAGUGCUGCUGCGGCAAGAUUGAAAUGGGGUGUCCCAUUUGCUAAAGACUGGAGCCUUAGUGCAGUGACAGGGGACUUCAGUCGUGCAGAACCUCUCUCUGUCUCUCACAGAUACAGAUACAUUGAGUCAAACACCUGGAGAACAAAAAUUUCAGGUGACAUCCAGCCAGAAACUCUUGCUUCUGGGGUGGGCUCUGGCAGGCCGGUGGAUACAGAAGCAGAUUCCUCCUACAAGUGCUCCCCUUACUUCAGAUGCCAGUGCCAGGCAAAACCAACUCUGGAAACUGGUGGUCAUGAUGUUCACACAAAAAGUCAUUCCCCUGAAAAGGUUCUUAAAGGAGAAGAGACAUCUCAUGGGGCAUCCCCAUGUGCUGUAUCUUGGAAGGAAGACUUUCCAGCCAGUCUGUAUCCAGAGGGUCUGCAGGUGUCACUGGAGACAGAUUUGGGAGGGGCUCAGAUGAACGUUGGUGUAGCCAUGUAUGGGACUCCAAGGGAAGUGUGUGUGAGAGUCACUUCUCCUCCUGGAGAUAAAGAGUUUAGACCAGUCCAGCAGCUUAGUAUUGAAUCUGUAGAAGUCAACAACUCUGAACCUCAUGCUAAGUCCAGCAAAGAGUCAGAAGAGGUAUGUAACUCCAGAUCACGAGCAGCCAGAAGAACGGCUGUGGUGGGCAGCAGCCAGUCCAGCCCUUUCAGUAUUCAGGUUGCAGAGGGCAUAGAUUGUAUGAAUGUGAGCAGAGAAGGAAGGAGAAACAAAUACUCCCAUCAAAGCAGCUGGGGGAAUUGUGAAGCUGAUGCCAAUCUCGGCCAGUCUGAAGAACCUUCUGUGGAGAGGAGUGCUGAAGAACCACAGUGUUGUGAAGAAGGGAGCCAGACGCAGGUCUCAGAGAACAGUUUCUGGUCAUUGAAGGUGAAUGAGCAAAGUUUCCAGCACUUGUGUGACAGACAAAUGCUAACUAGGUGUUUCCAAGCAUGGAAGGGACACAUCCUCUGGAAAAGGGCUGCAGCCAGGCAGCUUUACAGACAGCAACUGCUUCGGAAGGGCCUUGAUGCUUUGCAGUGGGCUGUGCAUGAGAGGAGGAUGCAGCUGGAGGUAGCCCAGCAGAGACAUGCCUCGGCUCUGCUAGCUGUCAGCUUCCGCAGGUGGAAGGAAGCUGUGACAAAACAGAGCAAGAAGCAAGCUCCGCAGCCUGAGCCACAUUCUUAUACCCAAAGUUCAUCAGUGGGGUUUUUUGGAGUAGGAAGAUUAGCAACUAUGACAACCUCAGCUCAGCAUCAGCUUACAGUAGGAUACUCAAAGGAAGCUGAGCAGGCUUGUAGGGUGGAGGGAGAACUGUGGACACACCUUCAUCGUAAGCAGAGAGGAGAUGAGCUCUUCUGGAGAGCUCAAGCAAUCAGAGAUAUGAGACGGCUAGCUGCAGCUUUCAGACUGUGGCGCCUGCAGAAGGAGCUGCUGAGCAGAGAGGAAGCCAGGCUUUUGGAAGCCCGUGCUCUGCUGGAAAAGCAGCGGUUACGAAAUGUUUUCUGGGUGUGGCGUUCCCGAUGCUUGGAAAUGGAACAGAUUUUAGCACUGACAACUCGGAUCCAAAAAAACUUGGUCUCCCGGUACUUCAGUGCAUGGAAGGAGACUGUUGAGCAGAAGGCACUUCACAGGUGCAACCUGGCCCAUCUCAAAGCAGUAUCACUGAGGAAAUACUUCCAGCAGUGGGUUCAGAUGCUGCAGGUCAGAGAAGGCAAUAAGCAAGCAAUGGUGAACUACUUCCUUCUACAAUGGAGGCAGCAUUAUGGACCAGUUAGAAGCUCAGUAGCUGACAAGACUGCAACAGAGAGGCAUGAAGAUCAACCAUUGUGGACUGUAGAGAGACGGUUUCCUGAGAAAACAGGCUGCUGUCUUGAUGACUUCUGCCAAAAGGUGAAGCUCCAGAGAGUGUAUCUGCUGUGGAAAGCAAGGCUGUGCGAGCAUCAUAAAGCUGAUUCUUUUUCUCAGGGUUUGGAGCAGUGUAGACUCAGAAAAGCUCUGAAAUUAUGGCACCAAAAGUGUCUCAUGCUGAAGACAAUUGAACAAAGCUGUAAGCACUCGCACAGGACUGUCUAUGAGGAACCUCUUACCAUGCUGUUUUCUGAGGAACUCUCAACAUCUUCUGGCUUUGACAGCAGUGCUCCAGCUACUCUGGCCUCUCAAAGCUCAUUGGAAAAGGAAUACAGUUUUAGUGACAGCAGCCAGCAGAGCUUCUCCUCUCUUCUGACUGCUGAGGAUGUCACACACAUGCCAUAUUACAGUUCUUUCCUGCAACUACACCAAUGCGCAGAGCUGCCAGCUGAGCUGGGUGGGGAGCUGUAUUUGCAGGCCUCCUUUCCUCCACGGAGUACUAGAUCUGGAAGGAAUUGGAUUGUGGGAAGUCAGUUCCAGUCUUUGGCACUGCAGAGUCCAGACAGUAAUGUCCAGCCUCUCACCAGUUACUCUACAUGGGAAGAGGACUACAGUUCUGACAAGGAGGUGAAGAGUUGCUGGCACCAAGCAGAGAAAUGCUGCCUGCAGAGGUACUUCAUUGUCUGGGCAGCUAGGACUCAGCAACUUGUAAAGGCCCAGCAGUACUGCAGGCUUGUUCAGCUGUCUCGAGCCAUUCUCAGCUGGCACCACUGGGUUGUGGAAAAUAAGAACCGAAAAGCAGCAGCAGCCCUAAAACAUCGAAUUCAUUGUUGCCAGAUGGCUUUCAGACUCUGGAAGAAGAGACUGGCCCAGAAAGUGGAAGCUGACCAGAGAUUCAGGUGUCACAUUUACCAGAUGACUGCUGAUGCUCUGUGGCGUUGGCAUUCCUGCUGGCAAAGGAAGCGUGCCUUGAGAGAGCUGCAGCAGCGCUGGGCUCAGCACAGCUGCCAAGAGAAGAAGAGGUUGGUCCUGCAGACAUGGUAUUGCCAAACAAGGAAGCAGAAAUAUGCUGCUUUAUUCUGGGAACGUCUUCUCCUGCACAGGUGCCUUGUUGCCUGGGCCCAGGUCACUGCUUGUAGACUGAGGCAGCACGAAGCCCUCUCUUGUUUUAAAAGGGUCACAGAGCACCGUCUCCUAGUUGUGAGCUUUACUGAGUGGAGGGUGAAAUUCUUGAAAGCUGAACAGCGUGUGCCAGGAGAGAGAAACCAGAAGUGGCAGGAACCCUCUCAGGGUAAAGCCUGUCACCGCUGGCGAUUGGCCUCAAGGGGACAGCAAGCCCUGCGCCUAGGAUCUGUGGCUACCGUAAAACAGGCCUGCAACUACUGGACAAAAGCAGCUGCCUUUUCCCAGUGCUCACGACUGUGCAGUACCCUGAUAGGUGCUAGGAAGAGCAGGAAGAUGUCUCUGUCUUGGUCCAUGAAAAGCAGAAGAGGCAGAGAAAAAGCUUCAGCACCAGCUGCCCCUCUUGGGCUUUUUCCCAGUGCCAUUCACCGCUGGCUGGUGAUCUACAGAAACCAAAACAGGGCUGAAAGGCUGCUGCUCCCUCACCUGGCUGAGAGACCUGGUGUGGUAGGACCCUCUCCUGCACAUGCAAGUGUCCAGGAGAACAAAGCAGAGGUGGACUUGGAGGAGUGGGAUGAGACGUGGCUUGCGAGGAAGUAUCUGAGGUGGUGGCAUCGCACAGUGAUACUUCGUCAGUGCCAGCGUGAGAGGAGACUGCACUGUCUGGCAAGGGGUUGGCAUCAGUGGAAAGAAGCUAGCGGGGUGGUGAUACUGGCUCAGGUGUUGCACCAGCAGUGGCUGAUAGAAAAGGCCUGGAGGGUGUGGAGACGACGACAUUUGCAAAGCUGCGUGGCACAGAAUUUUUUGGAGGAGGAAGCCAGGAGCCUGCUGUCUCAGGCCUUUGGAAGGUGGCGCCAGCUAACAGCGUUCCAGCUCAAGGACAAAGGACACUGCUGAAUGGUGGGGGCCUGCCUGCAGCUGCUGCUCAUUUCAGGACAGUGGAGGAUACAGCUGGCUGUCACAACAAAGAGCUGGUCCUGUGCAAUCAAGAAAGCCAACAUGCUGCUCACGUGAUAAAAGCAGUGCUGCAGGCCAGAAGCACAAUAGCCAAAGGACAACAAGGAAGAGCUGGUACUUAGUGAAAGGUCCUCUUUAAAGGACUCAUCCUACCUCCCUAGAGGCACAAACUGAGAAGUUAUUCCCUUUUGCUGUGAGGUUGCAUUCCCUUUCCCUCUGGACCCUGAUUUUGCUGGAAUUCUGAUUAAAGGUCAAAACCCCACCUUA